CGACACCUUCAUAAUCUCGACAAGCUAGCUACCAUGGCUAAGUUAUGGGGUGGCCGAUUCACUGGCGCGACAGAUCCGCUCAUGACGCGGUACAAUGAGUCGCUUUCAUACGACAAGCGCAUGUAUGCAGCGGACAUCCAGGGCAGCAUCACAUACUCUCGUGCCUUGCAGAAGGUCGGGAUCCUGGAUGAACACGAGACCAGUGAAAUCGAGCGAGGGCUCAAGCUGGUCCUGGAAGAAUGGAAAGCUGGUACAUUUGCAGAGCAAGAAGGCGAUGAAGACAUCCACACUGCCAAUGAGCGUCGCUUGGGCGAGAUCAUCGGUACGGCUAUCGCUGGCAAGCUCCACACAGGUCGUUCGCGUAAUGAUCAGGUGGCUACAGACAUGCGACUCUACUUGCGGUCUGAGAUUGACGACAUUAGUGCGACAUUGACCCAAUUCCUCGACAUUCUUGCAAAGCGUGCGGCCGUCGAAAUUGACGUGCUCAUGCCAGGCUACACGCAUCUUCAACGAGCUCAGCCUAUCCGCUGGUCUCACUUCCUCAUGUCGCAUGCAACCAACUUUUUGGGUGAUUUGCAGCGCAUCCAGCAACUCCGCAGCCGUGUCAAUCGUUCGCCUCUCGGCAGCGGUGCACUUGCGGGCAAUCCAUUCAACGUCGACCGUGAUUUCAUUGCUCAAGACCUUGGCUUUGAAGGUUGCCUCGAGAACUCCCUGUCAGCAGUCUCUGAUCGCGACUUUGUGGCAGAGUUCUUGAUGUGGUCGACGCUGCUCACCUCGCAUAUCUCAAAAUUCGCAGAAGACUUGAUCAUCUAUUCAACUGCGGAAUUUGGCUUUGUCAAGCUGUCAGAUGCCUACAGUACCGGAUCGAGUUUGAUGCCACAAAAGAAGAAUCCAGAUUCACUUGAAUUGCUUCGUGGAAAGAGCGGUCGUGUCUUUGGGCAAAUGUCUGGCUUUUUGAUGACCUUGAAAGGUGUUCCAUCAACGUACAACAAGGAUCUGCAAGAGGAUAAGGAGCCGUUAUUUGACUGUAUCCGUACAGUGGCAGACUCUCUUGGCAUUUUCACAGGCGUCGUGAGUACACUCAAUAUCAACAAGGAGAAGAUGCUCGCUGCUCUAGACGAUGGUAUGUUGGCUACUGAUCUGGCCGACUACCUCGUCCGCAAAGGCGUACCAUUCCGCAAAACGCACCACAUCUCUGGAGAAUGCGUCAAGUUCGCAGAAGAAACGAGCCGGCCUAUGCGCGAGUUGACACUGGAUGAGCUACAAAAGAUCGAUGCUGGCUUCGAAGAGGAUAUUAUGCAAGUAUGGAAUUUUGAGCAGUCUGUCGAGAAGCGUACUUCUCGCGGUGGUACUUCCAGAGCAGGUGUCGAGAAGCAGAUUGCACUGUUGAAGGAAGCUCUUCAGGCAUGAAAAUGUCUCUCUGACUAGUCAAGCUGCACCAUAGAAUGCUAGUGAAGCUAUUUUGAAGAGCCAUGCAAGAAGAUGCACCUAUGGAUGCUUGUUAUUGGCACCAUUUUGACUCAUGCAUUGCAUAGGGACGGCAAAGUUGAGCUUCGAUAGUGCCACACGGACGCAGCCCAUUCACUCACGGUUCAACAAACCAUGAGUGUACGAGCCGCAUCAGAUCUUGAGU